AUGUCGCUCCCAUUCUCCUCAAGUCAAAACAAGAAGAUGAGUCGCCAGCCCGAUACAAAUCGUUGCGGUCACAAAUUGAAUGAACAAUAUCGAGCGAUAGUCAACUUCUCAACGGGAAGAAAAGUGGCUGUUUCUAAAUUGACCGGGUCGACGCUUCCAUAUUCAUUUGCCAAACUCGGAUCAACCUGCAAGCAAGAUGAAUGUCGAAAGCAGAACAACAUCUCCGUCCGCAACGGACCCAUAAUUGAGCAUGAUACAAGUGGAGAUGAGGACGAUACUGACUCCGCUCUUGGGGCCGAUGACACGAGUAGUUUAGCUAAGCUAAACUCUGCCAUCACAGAAUACGUCUACAGUGACGGACGCCGAUAUGCCACCUAUGGAACUGGAAAGCACAUUCUUCUGAAUGACGAGGGCGUACCCAUCUGCAAAAUGUUCCCAUACAUGGAAUUCAUCCAGGCACCGAUGUAUCGCCCACCCAGCCAAGCUGGUAAAUACUCCAAUUCAUCUGGUAUGAUGAGCAUUUCCAAUUUUGACGUUGAUACUAGGGUACCACCCAAUCCUAGUUUUCAAAUUGAUGACGCAAAUACAGAAUGGACAUCUAAUCAAAAAUUCGAUCUUGUUCAUUUUCAAGGCCUGAAUGGCUGCAUAUGA